AUGGCAUCUUGGGCUCUUUCAGGGUGUCUCCUCUUGGCCGUACUGCUUUGGGAUGUCCACUGCAUACCUGUGACAAAAGUGCCCCAGGGCCCUCCCUAUGGUGGUGUAGUGCAUGGUGCAGGCCAAGGAUAUCCUGGCUCUGGCCUUGCUACUGCUGGUGCAGGCGGCGGCUACGGUGCAGCUGGCGGCUACGGUGCAGCCGGCGGCUUUGCUUCAGGCGGCCUCCCUUCAGGCGCCGGCGCUGCAGGCGGCUUCGGUUCAGCCGGCCUCUCUUCAGGCGCCGGUGUUGCAGCCGGCUUUGGCUCAACCGGCCUCCCUUCAGGCGCCGGCGUUGCAGGCGGCUUCGGCUCAGCCGGCCUCCCUUCAGGCGGUGGCGGCACCGGUGGCCUGGCUGGCAGCGGCGCUGCUUCAGGUGGACUCGCUUCGGGCGGCUUCUCUUCAGGUGCUCUUCCUUCAAGCAGCUACGGUCCAGGUCAGCUCCCUUCAAGAGCAGGCUUUGGUGGUAGUGGUGCGCUGCCGGCUCCCGCUCCUGGAUCACCGGCUGCUGCUGUUGGGUUGUCGACUUAUGGUGGUGCCAGCCCUGCUGUUCUCAGCGCAGCCCAACCAGACAUAACCUGGGCUGUGGAGCCUAGUAGUAUGGAUGCUGGCACUGCUGCCCAUCCUGGUGGUGCUGGACAUGGGAUCCCCCCGGGGCCUGUUGCAGAUUUUGUGCCAGGUGAAAUGGCCCACUAUGAGCGUGCUUAUGAACAUGGACACAGAGACAGUGAGACUCAAGAUCAGGGCUAUUUGGCACAAGGUGCUGGCGCAGGGGUGUCUGGACAAGGGGCCGGUGCUGGUGUAAUGUUACCCCAUGGUUACAUACCACCAGGUAUUCAUUGGGGCCAGUAUCCCUAUGACUACCAGUUCCUGACAGGUAACUACCCUCCAGGCACUGUCACCCACUACAGUGACACCUAUGAGCAAGGAAAAGACCGCUUGGAUGAAGGUCACUACAUCGACUACCAUUAUCCAGUGGCAGAAGCCCCUUCUGACCAGAAGGUCAAGGACCCUCCUCCACAAUUUCAAACCCCUCGGCAGUCCUUCAAAAAACCGUUUCCACACAGAGUCCGCUAAGCUAUGGCCAGGGCAUGUUGGGUGAUGUUGCCCAGAUUAGUGGCUUCUAGGUGUCACUUACCUCCAUGGCAUCAUGUUCAUUGCUUCUAAUUCAAUAAAAGUCCUUCCUGA